UAUAUUGCACAAAUGCAAGCAUAGGUGAAGCCCAGACAAAUUCUCAUGGUUGACACUCCUUUAUGUCACCCAGACAGAACUCAGAAGGUGUGGGAGAACAAGUAACCCCAAAGUUAUUUAAGACUGAGCUUCUAUCUGCUGACAUGAGUGCUGUUUGCUUCAGCCCGUUAGGACGCCCGUGCUACUCGAGGGCAGCAUUUCUGCAGUCAAUCAACAUGGAUGUGAUUGCAGAUUCCUCCAUAUUCUUGGGAAAACUUCUAUAUUACUUUCUGGAAUCUUUGGUUUACAAGAUAAUUCCCAAGACGAAAAAGAAUGUUGCUGGAGAGAUUGUACUUAUAACAGGAGCUGGAAGUGGACUUGGAAGGCAACUGGCCAUACAUUUUGCCAGGCUUGGAGCCAUUUUAGUUCUGUGGGACAUUAAUCAAGAAGGCAAUGUGGAAACGUGUAGACUGGCCAAAGAAAAGGGUGGUGAGAAAGUGUUCCCCUAUAAGUGCGACUGUAGCAACAGACAAGAGGUCUACAGAGUCGCUGACCAGGUCAGGAAAGAAGUUGGUGAUGUCACCAUCCUCAUUAACAACGCUGGUGUAGUCACGGGAAAGCUCUUGCUCGAUAUUCCAGAUGACAUGGUGGAAAAAUCCUUUCUUGUAAAUGCCAUCUCUCAUUUCUGGACUUAUAAGGCCUUCCUUCCUGCCAUGAUUAGAACAAACCAUGGGCACCUGGUUUGUAUUUCAAGUGUAGCAGGACUAGCUGGUAUUAAUGGACUAUCAGAUUAUUCUGCAAGUAAAUUUGCAGCCUUUGGCUUUGCCGAAUCUCUCUUUCUUGAAUUAACUAUUCUAAAGAAAACUGGGAUUAAAACCACCAUCGUUUGCCCACAUUUCAUCAACACGGGAAUGUUUGAGGGCUGUACGACCAAGUAUCCGUUUCUGUUACCAAUUCUGGAGCAGGAGUAUGUGGCCAAAAAAAUUGUAAAUGCUAUUUUGGAGGAACAAGUUUAUUUAUUGAUACCCAAAUUUUUAUAUAUCGCAUUGAUUCUUAAACAAAUAAUGUCUCCAAAAAUAUUUAUUGCCUUUUGUGACUACCUUGGAGUGUACACUUGCAUGGCUUCUUUCAAAGGGAGAAAGAAUGCAAAUGAACUUCAGACUGAAACUGAAAGGAAACACCAAUAGCUUAAGCCUCAAACAUGGGAAUGAAAAGGUGUUACAAGGAUGAACUAUUUGCAAUUCUUCAUAAUGCUCAAAGCAUCACAGGAAGGAAUGGAAGCUUUCAAAAGUGUCCAUUUUUUUUCCUGGACAUAGUUUACACACCAAUUAUUUUUCUAAGCAUUCAAGUUAUCUAUCCAUUUUUUUAACUUCAUAAUUAAGAACAUUACAGUAUUUUCAAUGGAGUUUGAACAUAAUAUGUUCAUAUUAAUGCAAGUUGACCCUAAUUUAAUUUUAAAAUAGGUAAUAUAUGAUAAGUUCGAAAGAGAGAUAAUUAUAACUAGUGACCUUAUAAGUCAGUUUUUUAUGCUGAUAAUUUUUCAAUGUCAGCUUUAAAAAUACAUAUUAAUUUCAUAAUUAAGAAAAAUAAUAUUUGCCUCACAAAGUAAUGGCAUAUUUGUGUUGCCUAUUUGUUCCUAGAGUUAGAUGUUUAUAUCAAGGCCUGUAAUAGAAUUGAACAUGAAUAUUUGAUAAAAUAAUCUGUAACUUAUCAUUUUUGUUAUAUCUGAAUGUGUCAAACAACUUUUAGCUCUUUUACUCCACUAAAGAAAGUGUACGUUAUAAUCAUAUACACUACUGGUUUGAAAAUGAAUGCUAUUUUAACUGAUGUAUUUGAAUACAUGAAUAAACAUCCUUUUAAAAUCAUUUAUCCUCAUGAGAAAUGGGCACAUGUGCUAGCUGUGCGGCGAACAUUCCAAACAAUGUCACCUCUGAACUGGAAAUGGUUCUUGAGCUGUAAUCACUAUAUAAUAGUCUAGCUUUGUCUCCACUGGGCUUCAGAGCUGCUGAGUAAUGGUAAAACCAAAAACUGAAAUUCAAAAUUAAAGUAUACAUUCAGUUAACCAAAAAGUGAGCACUUAUUUUAUCAGAUCUAUCCUAGUAUUUGGGACAUAAUAUUUCUACAUUCAUGCAAACAAAAAGCAUAAUAUAACAUCAGAUGAAAAAACUUGAGAAAAAAUUUUAAUUUAAAACAGGAAUAAAACAUUCCAAACAAGCAAUAUUUGUAAGAAAAUAAAACUUAUCAUUUAACAACUUUUUGAGCAAAAUCCUAAAAUUUUUGUAUCUCUGCCUUCUUAAAUGGACAAUUUAACUCUUCUUUUGUGAUGCAGGAGCAUUAACAGAUCUUUGCCUAGGUCAAUUGACACCCAGCAGUGGCUUUUGAAGGGCCAUUUACUUCCAAAUAAACUGAUCCACAACCCCUUACUCAGGUGUCAGAAGACCUGACCUAUCAGCUUUUGCUUCACUCAGCCAAGAAUGUAUCCUGCUACUUGUAAAGCUGAACCCAUAAGAUGUACUGCUAACGGCAUGCCUCAUAUGUCUAGGUAUUUGUGAGUUGUGUACACAAUGUUUCACUACUGAAAAUAUACUUUUAAAAGCUCUAAUUAAUGGGCACAAGAAAA